AUGACAGAUGCAGCUUUUCUAAAAUGGUGUGUUUUUUCACAGGUAUCAACAUCGUCGACUCCUGGCAGGUAGGCUUUAGCUGUUUCAUUCUUGCUUCUAAAUUUUGUAGAGCUGGAAAAACAAAGUUCGCAAGUACAUUUCAAUGUUUGAACUUAACAAAUGUUCAUACUCAAUAAUAAUAACCAAUUCAAUGAAAUACAAACCUUCUUUGUAGGCCACUGGACCAAGAACAUUCCAUUGAAUUGUUAAUUUCAACUCGAACUAUGAACAUUUGUUUACAAUAGUUCAAACAUUGAAAUGUACUUGCGAACUUUGUUGCGAAGUGCACGCCCAAUUUUUGAACUUGGAAACGUAAUUGGCAAGUUUGCAACGAACUUGGGACUCGCGCGUUGAAAAGUGACUUGAAAUCGACAACAACUGCUAUCUCGGGAGGUUCAAUAAUAAGGGGGAAAUGAGUUUUUCUUGUGACUAAUUCUUGCGGUUUGUUUUUGCAGAUCAAGACUAGCGAAUGACGAUGUAAGUAGAUUAAUCCAUUCUUGCUAUUGCCGUUCCCAUAAUCACGUCAAACGCGAGAGAAUAUUUAGCGACAAUGGACGACUUGCGCUUUAGACUAAAUUUUAAUCUAAGUAAGAACAACGAAAUCUAUCACCACAGCUAGAACGAGCGUCUUGGAAUUAGUAAUAUUACAAAGUUUGGUUGCGAAAUGUUGUAAAAUACGGAAAAUAUAGCCCUUCAAAGUUGGCAAAUUUGUAUACUUUUGUAUUACGUGCGUGAAUUGGUAACUAAAUUAGUUACCAAUUUCCACACGUAAUAGAAAUGUAUGCAAAUUUGCCAACUUCGCAGGGCGAUAUUUACAACAUUUCGCAACCAAACUUUGCAGUUUUUCUAAUUUUGAUAACUUCUUUCCAAAAAUAUCCUUUGUUGCUAUUCCCACAUUAAAAAUUUUUCUAAAGCGCAAGUCGUCCAUUCGCAACGCAAAUUAUGUUACAUAAAAUUUGAUUGGCUCUGCGACGUUUUACAUUACGAGUUGUUGUUAGGAAUUUGUUCCAUGUCAAAUCACUUUACGGGAAAGCCGCAAGUGUUUGUCUACGUUUGACGUCAUUAUGAAAAAGAUCUCGCACCACUUGUCCCAAGUUGUGAACAAGUUUAACAAGUCCGAUACAGUCAUGAUAUAACAAUAUUAUUACAACAACCUUUUGUGAUCAACUUUGUAACAUUCUUGUUUAUAUCCCGACUGCAUCAGACUUGUUAGAACAACCUUGUACAAGUCUGGGGCCGGUUGUAUAAAAACGUAGUUAGCGCUAACUGUAGUUAGCGUUAAUCACUGUAGUUAAAUCCUUAACUGUAAUUAGUUAACUACAUGACUUAACUGCGUUGCACAAAACGUAGUUAGUCGGAUAGUUAACUAAUCACGUAGUUAACUGUGCGUGGGGCUUGCGUGGGGCGUUUAAACACAAAAUUACAUAAAGUAAGCAGCGAGUAACGACCACUGACACACAUUUUCAACAUGAUUGUGGACUCGUAUUUUGCAAAUAGGCGGGAAUUUUAUUCAAAACACUAGAAAACAAUGAAAAAUAUACAAGGAAACAAGGAAAAACCGCCACAAAAAUCAUAAAAGAAUGCAGUUUUUCCUUGAGAUGUCUACGUUAAACCAAGGUAUAGCUGUUUGGCAAUUAUAUAUCAGUGUUUCUUGGUGUAAUGGACCAUACUUCGUCUUCGAGAAAUCGUCCUGUGCAAAAAUAUGUUCUGUUUUCGUAAAAACACCAAAGCGACAGCGUUUGAAGAGUUUAUAUUGUCAGGAAACAUUCACAGGGAAUAUAGCGAUUGAAAAUGUCAGGUAACCGUUGCUUUUCAUUGUUGUUUUACUGAAAAAUGUUGUUCACUCCUAUGCAAACGCUAUUUUUAACUACAUUUUGGACAGUUAACUAUACCCUAAAGCAUAGUUAACUUUAACUACUUUUUAACUGCAGUUAAGGCUAACUACACUUUUAUACAACCGGCUUAACUACGUGAUUAAAGUUAACUAUUUUUUAGGGCUUUUUAACUACUUUUUAACUGCAGUUAGCGCUAACUACGUUUUUAUACAACCGGCCCCAUAAUGCCAUCAAGCUUGUUACAAGUUGUUAACAGCUUGUUUCAAACUUGUUACAACAACUGGGAACAAGCAGUGCGAACACAACUUGUCGACAGCUUGUGAACAGAUUUGUAACAACUUGUUUGCAGACCUGGAACAACUUGUACGUUUUUACGUGUGUGGUUGUGAGUACAAUGGCAAAUUUACAGCUUGUCAACAAGAUGUGUUCGCACUGCUUGUUCCCAGUUGUUGACAAGUCUGGAACAAGGUUGAUGAAGCCAACAGACUCGCAACAAGUUGUUGCAACAAGUCUAAUAUCGUCUUCACGUCACAAGUUGAUGACAGCAAGCUCGUAGCAACUUGUUACGUGAACAGCCUGUAUUAAUCUUGUUGGAACAACUUGUAGCAAGUCUGUUACCGUCAUCAACCUUAUAACAAGGUGAUAACAACUUGUUCCAGACUUGUCGCAACAACUAUGGAAACAAGCAGUGCGAACACAUCCUGAUAUCGGCUUCACAACAACCUUGUUACGACUUGUUUCCAGAUCUACGUUUUGACAAUCAGAUCGCAAUUGUGAACGCAUUUUUACUUCACCAGGCAAAGCUGAAUAGUUUGCCUGACCACGGUGGGAAUUGAACCCGCGACCUUUGGGAUACUAGUCCAAUACUCUACACGACUCACCGCGGUCAGGCUUGCCCGGUGUGGAUGCACACUCAGAGUAACACCACAAACAUCAUAUUCACCUGAGUACAUAACACCAAUACACACAGAAAUCAUAAGCUGUUAACAACUUGUAACAAGCUUGAUGGUACUAUCAGACGUGUUACAAGGUUGUUCUAACAAGUCUGAUACAGUCAUGAUAUAACAAGAAUGUUACAAGGUUGUUCUAACAAGUCUGAUACAGUCAUGAUAUAACAAGAAUGUUACAAGGUUGUUCUAACAAGUCUGAUACAGUCAUGAUAUAACAAGAAUGUUACAAGGUUGUUCUGACAAGUCUGAUACAGUCAUGAUAUAACAAGAAUGUUACAAGGUUGUUCUAACAAGUCUGAUAUAGUCAUGAUAUAACAAGAAUGUUACAAGGUUGUUCUAACAAGUCUGAUACAGUCAUGAUAUAACAAGAAUGUUACAAGGUUGUUCUAACAAGUCUGAUAUAGUCAUGAUAUAACAAGAAUGUUACAAGGUUGUUCUAACAAGUCUGAUACAGUCAUGAUAUAACAAGAAUGUGACAAGGUUGAUGACACAAGGUUGUAACAAUAUUGUUAUAUCAUGAAACAACCUUGCAACAAGUCUGAUGAUACCAACAUAACCCCAACACACACAAAAGUAGCAUUUUUACUAAUUAAUUAACUUGAUGAUGUUCUUGUUUCCUAAUAGGUUGAUCUAGAUCGACAAGACAAACAAGAUCUAAUAGAUAGGAUAGAAAAACUAGAAAAAGCCUUGGAACAGAAAACGAAGGUAAGGGAGCUGUCAUUAUUUACGGGGGAGGUUGGGGGGGUGGCACCGAACAGAAAAGGGUUGGGUAAACAAAAUUUUGAGUGAGUAAAAGGUUGGGUGAAUGAAAAACAAAACAACUCAAGGGUUGGGUAGUAAAAAUUUCUUGUCAUUUCCAAAGCGUGACUCAUUCAAAUAUGGAAGACUAAAAAGCAAUCUCAACAGUCAUAUGUCAAUACAAUAUGUAAAUCAAUCAAUCAAUCAAUCAAUCAAUCAAUCAAUCAGAGUCACUAUCUUGAUCAUUUUCCGAUUUGUCAGGAGGCAAAUGGUGUCUCCAAAGAAAGUACAUGUGCAGACAACAUGAAACUUCACAAGUGAUGUUCACGCAAUUUUUUCCGUUCUAUUUUUCAGGAGGUUGAAACUUUAAAAAGUGAAAACCAAGCUCUGCUUCGUGUUGUGAACCAAGUCUCGAGUUUAAAGAUAAAAUAA